GGACAGAGAGAGGGAGAGCUGGAGUAAGAAAGAGAAACAGAAACAGAGAGAGAGAGAGAGUUAGAGCAAUAGGCUCGUGAAGAGCUCUUAGCGGGCCUGAAGUAAGGAUGCACAGUGAGACUGGACGGCGCUAAGGCUCCGUCCCUAGUGUCGCCACUUCUCAGUUAGCACUAGAGCUUUAGCCUUUAUCCGCUAACUCUCUCUUACAACACCUACCUGGCUCCACCACCAUCACUACCCAGGGGAGAGAGUCUCUGGCGAUACCCCCACGCAGUGCACUUCUCCUGGGGGACGGGCUGAGGGGGGACCCCUUCUCCUCACGGAGCCUCCACGGAGGGAGAGGGACAACACAGGAGAGUGAGAACCACAGGCAGCAGAGAGAAGAGUUUUGAUACAAGACAAGUGCAGUGACAGAGUGAGGAGUUGAGGAAAGAUGACGGAGCCUAGCUCCAAGAGCUCCAAGAAGCAGGGAUUUAAAAAGUGCCGGAGCGCCACUUUCAGCAUCGAUGGGUUCAGCUUCACCAUCGUUGCCAACAAGGCUGGGGAGAGUAACCCUCCACCACUGAAUCGCUUUGCACGUUCCAAGUCCCAGAAUGCCUUGUGGAAUGCCAUCACUGCAGGGAUCGGGAUCAAGGAUAAGGAUAAGAGAGGGAUUCUUAUCGAUCCCCGCAGUCCAGAGGAGAUUCUGGCUGACGACCUGCCAGUCGUGGACGGGCCAGACGCCAUGGAGAAGACUGCCAUCAGGUUGCGAUGCUUGGUGAAACAGUUGGAACGAGGAGAGGCGUCCGUCGUCGACCUCAAGAAGAACUUGGAGUAUGCAGCCUCAGUCCUGGAGUCUGUGUACAUUGAGGAGACACGGCGAUUGGUGGACACGGAGGAUGAGCUCAGUGACAUCCAGUCGGACUCGGUGCCGUCAGAGGUGCGUGAUUGGCUGGCCUCCACCUUCACGCGUCAGAUGGGUCUGAUGCUGCGCCGGACCGAAGAGAAACCGCGCUUCCGCAGUAUCGUACACGCAGUGCAGGCUGGGAUAUUUGUUGAGAGGAUGUACCGCCGGACGUCCAACAUGGUGGGAUUAAGCUAUCCGCCCAGCGUGAUCACGGUGCUCAAGCACGUGGACAUGUGGUCUUUUGACGUGUUUGCCCUGAAUGACGCGAGUGGGGACCACGCGUUGAAAUUCAUAUUCUACGAGCUGCUCACAAGAUAUGACCUCAUCAAUCGCUUCAAGAUCCCUAUCUCUGCCCUGGUGUCCUUUGUGGAAGCCUUGGAGGUGGGCUACAGCAAACAUAAGAAUCCCUACCAUAACCUGAUGCAUGCUGCAGACGUCACUCAGACAGUACACUAUCUAUUAUUGAAGACAGGCAUGGUGAACUGGCUGACUGAACUGGAGAUCUUUGCCAUGAUCUUUGCUGCUGCGGUCCAUGAUUACGAACACACAGGGACCACUAACAACUUCCAUAUCCAGACCAGGUCAGGCACGGCCAUCUUGUAUAAUGACCGUGCAGUUCUGGAGAACCACCAUGUGAGUGCUGCCUACCGCCUCCUACAGGACGAUGACGAGAUGAACAUCCUCCUCAACCUGUCCAAAGACGACUGGAGAGAGCUACGGGCGCUGGUGGUAGAAAUGGUCCUUGCCACGGACAUGUCCUGUCACUUCCAACAGAUCAAGGCCAUGAAGAACUUCCUCCAGCAGCCAGAGGCGAUUCUCAAGCCCAAGGCCUUAUCACUGAUUCUGCACACAGCUGACAUCAGCCACCCAGCCAAGAACUGGGAUCUGCACCACAGGUGGACCACAUCACUCCUGGAAGAGUUUUUCAGACAGGGGGAUAAAGAAGCAGAGCUGGGCCUGCCCUUCUCUCCUCUGUGUGACCGAAAGUCAACCAUGGUGGCCCAGUCUCAGAUUGGAUUUAUUGAUUUCAUCGUGGAGCCCACAUUCACAGUCCUCUCAGACAUGACAGAGAAGAUUGUGACGCCACUGAUCGACGAGGCGUCUCGUUCCGGCCUGGCUGGGUUCAGACGCUCCAGUUGCUGUACUGAGAGGAGAGCUGGCAAUCUAAACAGUAUUCCAGUGGGGGAUGGGAAGCGGUCCAGUGUGAUCAGUACAGGCUCAGAGGGCAGUGGAACACUCAACUGUUCUCCGGGAACCAUCGACUAUAAGGGCUUCAAAGCCACCUGGAACGAAGAGGUGCACCAGAACAGAGAGAAAUGGAAGACCCAGGCUGCUAAAGAUCUGGAGGAGAAAACCAAAAGGGAAGCAGAGGAGAAGGCUUCGCAGGAGGAGACAGAGCCUGGAAUGACAGAAGAGAAGGAAGAAAAGAAAGAGAGAGAUGAAGAAGGUACACAAGCCGAGGGGGCGAAAAAGGAAGUGGUGGAGGACGUGCCCAAAGAGCAGGAAGGGAAUAAGGACCCAGGGGGGGCCGUCGGGACCACAACAACAUCAGGACCGGGACCGGGGCUGAAUCACUUGGACCCCAAGGAGCCUGAAACCAGCAGCACCAGCACAGAGAAAAACCAGCAAGUGCAAAACGGGGAAGUCCCAGAGGACCUAGACUCACCUGACUCUGGCUCUGAUGAUGACAGUGAGAAAAACACUUCUGACGAUACAGAAGAGGAGGAUUCUGACGACAGUAAUCAUGACAGUUUACCUGCGUCUCUAGCGGCUGCAGCAGUGGUGGCUGCUCCUACGUCCAAUCCAAACUAACUGCCCAUUCAGUUCCCCAACAAAGACUUAAUUUACCAGGGGACACCUCUCUCUCUCUCUCUCUCUCUCUCUCUCUCUCUCUCUCUCUCUCUCUCUCUCUCUGUCUAAUGUUCCAGAUUGCCCUCUGCUGGAUGUGUACUGCUUUUAUUUUGGUGUAUUCUUUUUUUUCAACACUAUACUCUUAGAAAAAAAGGUGCUAUUCAGAUCCUAAAAGGGUUCUUCGACUGUCCCCAUAGGAGAACCCUUUAAUAACCCUUUGUGGUUCCAGGUGGAAUGCUUUUGGUUCCGGGUAGAACCCCUUUCCACAGAGGGAUCCACAUGGAGCCCGAAAGGGUUCUACCUGGAACCAAAAAGGGUUCUUCUAUCUAUGGGGACAGCUGAAGAACCCUUUAGGAACCCUUUUUUCUAAGAGUGUAGUUCCACUUUUGUCUGUCUCUGGUGGAAUCCUGCUUUUCCGUCUGCUUUUUUCUCCCAAAUCAAAGCUUAACUUGCCGGUCCAUGUGUUACCAUGGUAAAUGUGCUGGUUUCAAAUUAGCACAAACAUUUCGACCUUUGCCAUUUCUUGAGCCAUGAUGGACUUAUAGGCUCUUUCUUCCAACUGGAGAGGGGCAGGCACACGCACAGGCUGAUACAUGAGAGGGUAAGGCUAAAGGACAGGACAGUGCUGCCCUGUGUUGGCCUGGCCUCCACACUAGCUAGGCCCUUCCAGAGGAGCUGUCAGUUUGCUCUGUGUAUCUUCCUCUGCUCCUACUCAUCACAGCAAAGUUCUGGGUGAUGGAAGAGUGGCCUGGUUUGCAUUUGGACCUUCAGACCACUCUGUGUUUGUACAGUAUGUGCAUCUGUGUGUGUCGAGCAAAAUGUAAACAAUGACGAAUUUAAGAAGGGUGUUGAAAGAAUGGCGAAUCUACAUACAACUGUUAUUAUUAUUUCCACCAGUGUAAUUAAUGAAUAAAGUACAACGACAUUUGUCUUGCUUAUAUUGCAUACAUAAAAUAUAUAAGAUAAACGAUUGUUAGAUUUGUUUCGCUUUUACAUUUCAUUUUGCAACUAGAAUGCACUUUCUAACUAGCACACAUCAAAUAAAGUGAAAUGAAGUCAUGGUUACCCGUUAACGUACAAUCUAAAUAUGAAAUCCGAAACGUAUUGGCUUCAUCAUUGAAACGUCUUCUUAGAGAGAAAUAACACAUAUUUAGUAAUACGAAGAAACAAUAUUGUGUACGGUAAUGUAUAUAAAUAUAAUGAUGUAUUGUGUUGACCUAUGAUUCUCUAGCAUUAGAAUUCCCAUAUGUUUAUUGUAAAUCUAAAGAAAAAAGUAACUAUGUCCAGAGAACCAUGAUUGAUUCAUAAGUUGUCUCUAAAUAGUAUGUCAUGUUCUUAUUUUUACAAUGUACUGUAGGUGAUUUAUGUUUUCCACAGUGCAGGCUUGAUUGAUUUCCAACCAUCAAAACGUUAUUGUGAUGACAUCAUACGACUGUUAUUAAGCCGGGCGCAACAACCAUAUUCAUUUUACGGGGCAGGGGAAAUCAACCGUUUAUAACAUGUUACAAUGCCAAAAUAUACUGUAUAUGUGUGCUUAGGUUUCGCUGCUUACUUUUCUCUCCAGUUCCUGGCAUAUCUAGCUAGGGGAGUUCCCUGGUUACCAGAGUAUAAUAUGUAUUUAUUGUACAGAACAUUUCUAUGUUAUUUAUGAAUUAUUGUGUAUAGUUAUAAUUUUGAAUGUCUUAAUGUAGUCAACAGAGAGAAGUAACAUGUUUCUAAGACUUCUGAUGUACAGUGUCUCUGCUGAAUCUGUGCUCCCCAAUGACAUGGAUGAGUGGGUUAAUGUUUCAUUAUUUCAAAGUGGUGUGAAUUCAUCAUUAUGAGUUGGUUAUUUGCGCUUUGCACUUCAACUCCAGGACUUCUUCUGACUUUGCUUUAAGACACUGCAGCUCAACACAAUAUCCUCAUAUCCUCAAGUCUUUCUUUAUCAAAUGCAUUGGUGCAUACAAAGCAUGAGAGUUUAACCAUAUGUGGAUAAGAAUUGGGUUGAGAGAGUCAGUUAAUUCCCACUCAACGUUCAACUGUGAUGUGAAAACUGUUGAACAAACUUGGAAUCUGAUUGAUCCAUCUUGAUUUACCAAUACAUACAUUUUCUACAAAUCAUUCACAGCAUGUAAAUAUAAUUUCAUUUUUUUGUGUUAAUAAAUUAAUUUAGCAUUAACAGAAUUAUUAUAUCUCAAAAACAAAGAAAAACACAGAAAACGAAACCAACAGAACAAACACUAGGUUACUACACGUAAUGAAAUGUAGAAAGUAAAGAAUCAAAAUAUUUCAUGUUGUGUUCAAGAAGCAGACUUAUAGUACAUGUACAGUAUUGACUGGGUCAUCUUUGGGGCUUUCCAAAAUGGCCUCCAGGUUCGCUGUGUAGAAAUUCCUGUUGCCUUGACCAAAGAUAGAAAAACAACAGAUAUUAUAGAUAUGCUAGAGUUAAAAUAAAACUCAAUCUACAAAAGGGUAAAUGCUUCUGUUUAAGCUCCUCAAAAUGAUUUAUUUUGCUCCAGAAGGAAGAAUCUUUGCCUUAAAAUAGAUAUGUCUUUACUACUCACUUCAGUGUUGCCCUGUAGAACAGUCUAUAUGUCUCUAUCUAGCUAGCUUGCAAGCUUUUGUGACAUCUUUCAGCACAAGAUCUUGUCAGUGUUUAGUGAUUGUUAAUACUUUGUGGCAGCUAUCCCUUUCCAUGAUUUCUAGAUGUUGUUUCUUGUGAUACAAAGGGAUAGGGUCUGUGUUACCUUUUUCUUUCUUUUUUUACCAUUACAUAUAUUUGUAUCUGACCGCUACCCUGUGGUACUAGUUCUGUCAUUCAAAAUCGUACUUAGUCAUGCCUGUUAUCUGGACUGUGGAACAUUGUCAUAGUGAAGAAUCCCUGAAGAACGUAAAAACAUGCACAGACCCAUUUUUAUGGCCACAUUCUCACGCCUUCAUUUACUAUUUUAUGACAUGCAAUCUUUGUGAAUUUGCUCCCUUUACUUCAACUCAAAACCAGCAAUAUCAUGCCUUCCUGAAACAGCGUCAUAUAUUGUCAGAUAUUUACAUUUUGAUCGGUUACCAUCCUUGCAUUGAAAAUGGUUACAUACUGUGUGUGAAGGGUUUAAAUGGACAUGUGUAAAUGAGGAUAAGCUGAUAGGUGAGUAUAGAAUCUAUAGAUCAUAGUUUUUUGUGAAUUGGUGUGUGAGUGGGUAUAUGAAGUGUAGUAUGCUUCUAUGUUCUAUUGCUAGGGAUUAGUAUAGGUUGAUAUUGAAAUAUGACAUUAUUGAUAACAAACUAUUGCCAGUACAGUAAGUUCGAGGCCCACGGUUUAGUAGUGCCAGUAUAGUCAUUUCUGUGACCCCCACUUUCUCUAUGACCAACUCAUCAGCAAACCCUGGGAUGAAAUCACAACAGACGAAACCAUGUUCAUCUUGUUCUAGUUUUUUCGCCAUAUAUCCCCUUAUUUCAGUUUUUUUUACUGUGCCAUGAAAAAGUAUUUGACCCGUCUGAUUUUCUGCAUUAUUGCACAUUUUCACAUUGAAUUUGGUCAGAUCUUUUUGUGGGAUGGUCUCACAGGAGGUUGGUGACACCUCAAUUGGGGAGGACUGGCUCGUGGUAAUGGCUUGUAGUGGUAUAUAGAGGGAAUCUGAGAGAAAAAAUGAGGUAACCAAACUUAAGGUGUGAAAAAGUUAUUGCCGCCCCCCAGUUAAUUCCACCCAAUUAAAGGGAUAAUUACAGUCAGCUGAUAAUUACAGUCAGCUAAGGUCAGUGUUUAUGAUUCCACCAUCAGAAAUCCACUGGGCAAAAAUGGGAUUCAUGGCAGAGUAGCAAGGUGGAAACACUUGCUCACUAAGAAGAACUUGAAUGCUCAUCUCAAGUUUGCCAAAGAAUCACCUGGAUGAUCCUCAAGAGUGGAACAAUGUUCUAUGAAGAGAUGAGUCAAAAGUGGAACUUUUUGGCUGACAUGGGCCCUGUUAUGUCUGGCGAAAAUCAAACACAGCAUUCCACAGUAAGAACCUCAUACCAAUGGUCAAGCAUGGUGGUGGCAGUGUGAUGGUUUGGGGAUGCUUUGCUGCAUCAUGACUUGGAUGCAUUGCCAUCAUUGAAGGAACCAUUAAUUCUGUUAUAUUUAUUUUAUAUUUUUUUACCCCUUUUUUCUCCCCAACUUUGUGGUAUCCAAUUGGUAGUUACUGUCUUGUCCCAUCGCUGCAACUCCCGUAUGGACUCGGGAGAGGCAAAGGUCGAGAGCCGUGUGUCCUCUGAAACACGACCCUGCCAAGCCGCACUGCUUCUUGACACAACGCCCGCUUAACCCGGAAGCCAACCACACCAAUGAGUUGGAGGACACACCGUACACCUGGCGACCGUGUCAGCGUGCAUUGUGCCCGGUCCGCCACAGGAGUCGCUAGUGGGACAAGAACAUCCCUGCCGGCCAAACCCAUUGAGAUGUGGCAGGACCUGAAAUUAGCAGUUUAUGCUUGAAAACCCACAAAUGUCACUGAGUUGAAGCAGUUCUGCAUGGAGGAGUGGUACAAAAUUCCUCCACUCGCUGUGAGAGACUAAUUGAUAACUACAGAAAGCGUUUGGUUGCAGUUAUUGCAGAUAAAGGUGGCAUGACCAGUUAUUGAGUAUAAGGGGGCAAUUAUUUUUUCGCACGGGGGCAUUGAGUGUUGCAACUUUCUUUAAUAAAUAAAUGUCUAAAUGGUUUGUUAUUUGUUCACUCAUGGUCCCUUUUAUAUAAUAUUAGGUUUUGGUUGAAGAUCUGAUAACUUUCAGUGUAAAAAAUAUUCAAAAAUACAGAAAAUCUGACGGAGAAAGUACUUUUUCACAGCACUUUAUGUAUUUGAAGCCAUAACAAUGUUUACUUUUUUUCUGUGAGUAUUGCUUCAAGGGGUUUCAUUUGGUAAUCAUCAAACCGGUUGUUUUUCCCCACUUUUUUGUCUUAUUUUGUUUGAAUUGAAGAUUUUAUUGAUCACACACCAAGAACAAACUGUGCAGCAGGCCAUGUGGUGGUGUUUGUUCCAACGCUACGUUAGUGCACUGUUGUGACAAUAAAUCUGAACUCAAAGGGCUCAGA